AGGGAUAUCGGCCUCCAUAGCCUGAUGAAUAUCACUAGAGGAGCGGUGAGAAUCGAGAAGAACCCAGACCUCUGCUACCUCUCCACCCUGGACUGGUCCAAGAUCCUGGACACGGUGGAGGACAACUACAUCGUAGCCAAUAAGAAUGACCGGGAGUGCGGGGACGUGUGUCCUGGGGCGGCCAAGGGGAAGACCACCUGUCAGCAGACCACCAUCAACGGCCUCUUCAACGAACGCUGCUGGACGCACAAGCAUUGCCAGAGAAUGUGCCCCCAGCUGUAAGCACCGGGCCUGUACCAAGGACAACCAGUGUUGCCAUGAGUCAUGUCUGGGGGGCUGCUCUGAGCCCCAGAACAGCAGCAGCUGUGUAGCCUGCAAGAACCUCCAGCACCAGGAGGCCUGUGUGGACCGCUGUCCCCAGGGAUAUUAUACCUAUAGGGGCUGGCGCUGCGUCCCCUUCUCCUUCUGCCAGGACCUCCACAACAAGUGUAAGCAGAGCAAGAGCAGCGACUGCCAUGAGUAUGUUAUCCACAACGGAGCCUGUAUACCUGAGUGCCCCUCCGGAUAUACUACUGUCAACUCCACCACGUUAAUCUGUACUCCAUGUGCUGGGCUGUGUCCUAAGGUGUGUAUGGGCCAGAAGAUGGUGGACUCUGUGACAGCAGCACAGGCUCUGAGAGGAUGCACCGUGCUCAACGGCAGCAUGGAAAUCAACCUCAGAGGGGGAAAUAACAUAGCAGCAGAGCUGGAGGCUAACCUUGGUCAGUUGGAGGAGAUAACAGGGUAUCUGACUGUCCGGCGCUCCUACGCCCUCGUCUCUCUCUCCUUCCUCCGCAAACUACAGGUCAUCAGAGGGGACACACUGAUAGACGGGGGUUACUCGUUCUAUGCGUUAGACAACCAGAACCUGCGUCAGCUGUGGGACUGGAACAAACACAACCUGACCAUCCUCCAGGGACGCAUGUUCUUUCAACUCAACAUUAAGCUCUGCAUGUCAGAGAUCCGCAAGAUGGAGGAGGUGACAGGCACCAAAGACAGACAGCACAAGAACGACAUCGUAUCCAAGACCAAUGGAGACCAGGCCUCCUGUGAGAACCAGGAGUUAAGGUUCACUCAGGUGCGUGCCACACAUGAUAAGAUCGUGAUCAGGUGGGAACCGUUCUGGCCUCCUGACUUCAGAGACCUGCUGGGCUUCAUGCUCUUCUACAAGGAAGCGCCCUACCGCAACGUGACAGAGUUUGACGGCCAGGACGCGUGUGGUUCUAACUGGGUAAUAGUUGACCUGGAUCCUCCAGCCCGGGCUACAGAGGGCAACCCACAGGUGGAGCCAGGUACCCUGAUCUUGUCUUUGAAGCCCUGGACGCAGUAUGCCAUCAUGGUCAAGACCCAGCUCUCUGCCUCUGAUGAACACCAGGUCCUCGGGGCAAAGAGCAAGAUCAUCUACGUCAGGACCAACGCCACCAAACCAUCCGUGCCCCUGGACCCCAUCUCAUCAUCUAACUCGUCCUCUCAGAUCAUCCUGAAGUGGAAGCCCCCAACGGACCCCAACGGCAACAUCACUCACUACCUGGUGUACUGUCAGCAGCAGCCUGAGGCCAGCGAGCUCUACAAGUUUGACUACUGUCAGAAAGGUAUGAAGCUGCCGUCACGGGUGCCCACCCAAGUGGACAGUGAUGAGGAGGCCAAGUGGAACCAGACUGAGGAUGAGGGGCAGGGUGGCCGCUGCUGUGCCUGUCCCAAAACAGACAAACAGCUGAAGAAGGAGGCAGAGGACUCAGAGUACCGCAAGACCUUCGAGAACUACAUUCACAACGAGGUCUUCGAGCCCAAACCAAGACAGCGCCGCUCCGCCGUGGGCGUAGCCAAUCAGACGCUACCGUCAUUCGCGGCGACGCCCACCACCCUGUCCGACGGUUUCGCCACCCGCAGCCCAGACAGUGACGAUGCAAAUGGUGUGGAGAGCACUAAAAUCCAGCUGACAGUGUUUUCCAAGGAGUCUACGGUCAUCUCUGGCCUCCGACACUUUACCUCGUACCAGAUCGAUGUGCUGGCCUGCAACCACCCCACAGACCCCUCACGCUGCAGUAUGGCAGCCUUCGUCUCAGCUCGCACCAUGCCUGAGGACAAAGCAGAUGACAUAGUGGGGCCCAUCAGCUAUGACGUGACUGAGUACACAGUUCAUAUUAAGUGGCUUGAGCCUAAUGCCCCCAACGGCAUGAUCAUCCUGUAUGAAGUCAACUAUAAGAGACUGGGAGACACAGAGGAGCUGCACCACUGUGUGUCCAGGAAGAUGUACCAGCAGUCAGAGGGCUGCAAGCUGAGAGUGGUGCAUCCUGGGAAUUAUACCGUGAGGAUCCGAGCCACCUCGCUGGCAGGAAACGGCUCCUGGACUGACCCCACACACUUCUACGUAGAAGACCUGCGGGUGGAUCCAUCCAACAUGUUGAAGAUUAUCAUUGGUUCAGUCAUUUUUAUCGUUUUGCUGAUACUGAUGACAGCGGGAGGAUUCCUCAUGUUCAAGAAGAAGCAAACCCAGGGCCCCUCUGGACCCCUCUACACAUCCUCCAACCCAGAGUACCUUAGUGCUGCUGACAUGUACGAGCCAGACGACUGGGAGGUGGGCAGAGAUAAGAUCAACAUCCUGCGUGAACUGGGUCAGGGCUCGUUCGGCAUGGUCUACGAGGGCAUCGCCAAGGACAUCGUGAAGGGCGAGCCGGAGACAAGCGUGGCGGUGAAGACGGUCAACGAGUCGGCCAGUCUGAGAGAGAGAAUAGAGUUCCUCAACGAGGCCUCCGUCAUGAAGGGCUUCACCUGCCACCAUGUGGUGCGUCUGAUGGGUGUGGUCUCUAAGGGCCAGCCCACUCUUGUUGUCAUGGAGCUGAUGACACACGGUGAUUUGAAGAGCUACCUGCGCUGCCUCCGCCCUGACUCAGAGAAUAACCCUACAGGGCGCCCGCCCCCCACUCUGAAGGAGAUGAUUCAGAUGGCAGCAGAGAUAGCAGACGGCAUGGCCUACCUCAACGCCAAGAAGUUUGUCCACCGAGACCUGGCUGCUAGGAACUGCAUGGUGGCGCAGGACUUCACUGUCAAGAUAGGAGACUUUGGUAUGACCAGAGACAUCUAUGAGACAGACUACUACAGGAAGGGAGGUAAGGGUCUGCUUCCUGUCCGCUGGAUGGCUCCUGAGUCUCUGAAGGAUGGAGUGUUCACUGCAAACUCAGACUGCUGGUCAUUUGGUGUGGUGCUGUGGGAGGUCAGUACCCUAGCGGAGCAGCCAUACCAGGGCCUGUCCAACGAGCAGGUCCUGAAGUUCGUCAUGGACGGAGGAUUUCUGGACCGACCAGACAACUGUGCUGACCGGCUACACGACCUGAUGUCGAUGUGCUGGCAGUAUAACCCCAAGCUGCGUCCAAGCUUCCAGGAGAUCAUCGAAAUGCUCCACGAGGACCUUCACCAGUCCUUCCAGGAGGUCUCCUUCUACUACAGUCAGGAAAACAAGCCUCAGGAGCAGGAGGACUUUGACCUAGACAUGGACAACAUGGAAAGCAUUCCCCUGGACCCGUCCUCCUACUCCCAGAGAGGGGACCACAGUUCCUCGUACUCUCAGAGGGGAGACCACAGCUCAGAGAGGGACGAAGCGGGUUCAUCGCUGGGGUUGAGACAAAACAGCUACGAGGAACACGUCCCGUACACACACAUGAACGGGGGAAAGACGAACGGACGGAUACUAGCUCUGCCUCGGUCUAGUCCCUCCUAACAGAACACUGUAUGGAUAUUGUAUCCCUAUCUCCCCUUAGGCCCAACCUUUUCCCUCAUACAGAUGCAUAGAUAUAAAUAUAUGAAUAUAUUUUUGUUUUGUUUUUUCAUUUUAUAUAGAUAAACACUUAUCACUCAGAGGCCCUCUCGAAGUGUACAUAUCUCAGGACGUUAAUGCUCUCUUGUCAAGAUGCCACAUCCAAUAGACUACGGUAUGUAUGUUAAUGUUCACACAGGAAACACACAGACACAACCACACAGACACUUUUUGUAUUUAAGAAAGAACCCCCCGUGCUUCUUUCUAGUCUUUGAUCCUCAAAAAAUAUAUUUCCAAUCUUCCACAAAUGGGUGGCAGUUUGGGGAAUCAACUGUGAAUCUAACAACCAGAAGGCUGCUAACCCGAGGACUCUCCAGACUGUCCCUUGUCCAGGCCGAGGCGCUCUCCCUUGGCAGGUCAGCCCUCACUGGGUCCCUGGGGCUCCCUGGGCCAUGGAGAUCCACCUGGGUCGCUCAAUGUAAAAGUGCCCUUCUCUUCUAUCUCUGGCUGUAGCUUGCAUCUUAUGUCAUGGAGCUGUGUCUCUGUAUCUUUGUACUCUCAAGUCGUCAACAAACGACACACUUGAGAACUAACUUUUGGAUGGAUGAAUGUUUCAAAUCCAAUUUUAAAUCUUCAAACAAACUUUAUCGAUCCACUGGAGAAGCUUGUCAAUUUUCUCCUCACACUCUGCAGUAUUCCAGCAUCACACAGAAAUAAUUAACAGAUUAGGGUUAUAUAUUUUUAAUUUAUUUACGUUUCAUUUUCUCUUUGCGUUUUCACAUUUACAGCUGAAGGAUAUUUAAAAAACUGUUUCAGAAAAACAUUUUGACGAAAGAAACGAGUUCCUCGGAAGACAUAGCUGCUUCUUUUUAUAUAUUUUAGUGGGUAUAGAAAAUAGAAAUAUAUUAUUGAUAUUUUUUUUUUGUACAUAGUGGUUGACAUACAUUGUCUUUCAUGAGGUAUUUCCAGUCUGUAGAAAAAAAGGUUUUACAUGUUUGUCUCUUAUGUUUAUUUUUUUCUAAUCCAGAAUUCAUACUAAUAAUCAUUUGGACUUGUGAUAAACCAGCAGCAUUUGGUAUUUUCUCUUGGCUUGGCCCGUUGAUAUCAGAUCAAAUCAAACUGUCUGCUCUACAUAAAUAAAGCAGCACGGUGCAACAUGACCACGCUCUUUCUCUGUCCACAUGCUUCUGUUACUGUUUACUUUGUUGUUGUUUACUAUGUCAUGGUGUCAUGUGUACAAUUCAUCUAAUAGGUCGGUCUUUGCUGAAAUAAAAGAUCCCAGAAAUGUUA